CUGACAACUCCGAAGCCUUUGUAAAAUCUGAGCUCUGCGACGAUGAGGACUCUUUUUGUUAUCUCGCUGUUGGUCUGCGCUGUGGCCGUAUAUGGCGACAAAGACUGUGCAAAAUGCGGUUCAGGUACUGAGUUCGACAUUUAUGAUGAAAAUUGCAAGAAGUACGACAACACCUGUCUCCUGAAGUGCGCGGGCGCCAAAUUGCAAAAGAACCUGGUCGCUUGCGGCGUUGCAUGCAAAUGUACUAGAGAGUUAGACUAUCAAUGUGGGGACGAUGGUACAUGGUAUGUCAACCCAUGUGCGUUAAAAUGCAACAAGGAUGUAAAGUUAGACAAGAAGGAAGAAGGGUGUGGGGCCAAGCCAGGUGGACUAUUUCUAGGCUGACAAGCACACUAAAUUAAUGUCGCAAAACACGGAAUACGAAUUAAUGGACUUUCAAUAAUACUACUCACAUAAUUUUUAUAUGUGUCGUUGCCUACGAAAAAGAGUCUUGUUGAGGUAUUCACGUCAACAACAAAACACAUUAUAACCAAAAUGUAUAGAUUUAAAACAUAUUUAAAACAAUGAGUAAAAUUAAAUGAAAAAACCUAUUCGAAAAUAUGUAAAAACAGCUGUCAUUGCCUGCUAAUGAGACGCGACAUAUCGCGAAUAAAAAAACGUUAUUUUGAACUCAACAGGACUGUUUGCUUUGGUGACGACGUCACAUAUAAUAGCUCUUCUUUAUAAUCCUUCAGCAGAUGCAUCUAUAUCUUUUUUC